AUGGCGUCGCGGUCAAGUACAACCGACAAGAAAAUUGAGGUUUGUAGCUACAUUUCGUUUGUGAUGCUAAUUAAUUAAUAAAUAAAGCACGAUCAUUUCAUCUGUUUCUGAUUUACAAGGCAAACUGUUCUAUUUUGAUAAUCAGAGCAUGCACUAUGCAAGUGUUUCGUUAUAUAUUAAAUACUUAAAUGUUGUAGUAGACGAAUGUGUCUAUUUAUAUAUAUAUAAUUACUAUAAAAAGAGAUCGCGUACAAUGGUAAAGAAAGGAUAAUUAUAGCAUUACAAUAAUAAAAGGGAUUGCUACAUUGAGGCUAGGAAACUAGGAAAGUAAUUAUUAAUAAAGCGAUUUGUUUAUACGGUUACAGUAACGGUUUGCAUGUCGUUUAUAUACACUACAGUUUCAUACUUGCCAAAUACAAAAAUAUACAUAUUCACGUUUUUAAACGUCCAUGGGGGCUAUUGUCCGGGUGGAGUGAGGGCCGCGAUCAUAAUAUUUACAAAUAAGGGUUACACAUUCACAUGUGGCCAUACCAAGUCUUUCAGGCAGGCUAGUUCACCAAAGCUCCGUGCUAUAUUAAAUAGCAUAAUAUGAAUAUAUUUUAUCACAAACUUGAAAUUCGCACUUUUGUGAACAAGUUUCACAGUUGUUACCUGAUAUCAGAGUCUGAUUUCCCCUCACAGAGAAAAUAAAGCUUUGCCAUUUUUGUGUUUAAUUUCUGUCAAGCAUGCUCUGUUUCCAGUAUUUAAUAUGUCAAAACAUGUCAAAAGAUCACUUGUAUUUUUAGAAUGACUGCUAAAUUUAGAGACCAUUCAAUUGCGUGCAUGCAACUUUAUAGUACUACGAUCAUAACUUCGGCCCCUUCGGACGUAUCUUCUUUGUUAAAUAUUCUUGUUCGAAUCUCUAUCAAUAACACUAUUUAGAGUGUUAUUUUUCAGCUUGUAUCUUUUAAUUUGCUUCUUUUUAUUAUGUUAUUCCAUUUCUGGUCUGACUUGACGUGAACUAAUUUCAAAACGCAGAGUUUCAAAAAUCAAAACGUCAAAACAUUUGGUUAAUGAUUAACAUUUAACCGAAUUUAACCGUUGAUUGACAACUACAUAGAAAUACUAACCAAUCCGUUUUUCCCGUUCACCAGCGGACGGGUAAUUCAAAAAACCCUAGUUUUGCGGCAGACGGUAUUUCCUUUGCUUCCCUAAUUUUCGCUGCCCGUAGAAAUACCGCCUGCCAUGCAGGCUAGUGAACUGUCUACCAACCUGCUUAGGCGAGAUCUCGGCUUCACAAAUCAAUAUCUCACUUAUAGCCAGGUUCCCAUAUAAUUGCAAGAUGAUUGAGUAUUAUUAUAAAUUACCUGUUACAUUAGAUAUUGGCAUCCAAUAACUGUUUACUGAAACAUCAUGCAAUAACUGUUUAUUAAAAAUUACAUGUACGUAAUUUUUAAUUUACUCAUAUUUUUUACUCAUAUUGUCAUAUACUAUAUGUACAUGUUUAAUUUUAUGUUGUAGGAGGUUUGCAGUUUUUUGAAUGAAAGAAACGUAGAUGGGAAAAUAAUCCAGAAGUUUAAAGAUGAAAAGGUAAUUCUAAUAUGUGACAUAUGUAGUGUCAAUUAAUAAUAACGUGACCAUGCAAUGUCACCAUGUGUCAUGUGACCAAUUAAUAAUAAUAACCGCAGUUUAAAAGUAUUUAUUACAAUGCAAGCAUCUGUGAUAAUAUAUCACUAUUUAUAUGUUGUUUUACUAUAUAUUACUAUGUGGUUUACUAUUAAUAGUGUUGUAAAAAGGUUUUUAAAAAAGAAAAAUUCUGAAAUUACACUGAAAUUACUUUUGCCUGCUUCCACUUUUAAAUACGGAAUUUCCUUAAAAAAAAUUUGCCGGAGCCGGAUUUUUGACUGCUGGAGCCGGAGCUAAAAUAGCCGGAGUUUGCACAGCCAGUGGGUCCAUUAUUUUCCCGGCCAGCCAUUACGUAAAAAUAGGCACGCCAUGCGUACAUGUAUCUGAGUAUAGCGCCACAAUGAAAGGUCCGACUUAUUUAUAUUACUAGAAGUUACUAUCGCAAGGAAAGUGCUGCCUCAUCCCCAAUGGAUCAAAGCCAGCAUGUGCAUUUGCCGAAUAAGGGGUUGUUUAUAUGAUCCUGCUUUGCCAGGAUGAGAUACGAGGCAGGGUGAUUUCGAUGUAUUGAAAUAAAUCAUGGUCUACAACAUUUCAGUUCCGUUAACCAGCAUUUGAAGUUUCAUUUAGCCUAGUGACUUAUUUCAAUAGUCAAUACUCAAAAUCUCCCCAUCUUCCAGCAUGUAAACAGCCCCUAAGACCUGUUCAUGGGGUAGGAAAAAUGCAUUUUGAAUACCAAACACCUUGCACAAUGUCGAAGGUCAGCCAAAUAUUCUAUUUCUACUUUGUUGGCAUGGGCCAUGGGUGAUUUUAUAUGAAUACCUUCAAUGCUAAUAACUUCUUGUAUGUAUAAUCACAAUACUGUCAGUGGUGAAGCUAGCCAUAGCAACAGGUCAAGCUAUGCAAGUUUGUUAGUUAUGCAUUUGCAUUGUAGGCAUUUGCAUUGUAGGUUUAUUAGCAUAGCAUGACCAGUUGCCAUGGCUAGCUUGCCACUGAAUACUGUACAAUAUCAUCUACAUAAACAAUAAUAAUACUUGAAUGAAUCAUUGGACAUGUAGAAUUUAAUAACAAUUUAAUAUAUAGAAAUAAGUUUUUGUCCCAAUUAUCAUUUUAAUGGCACCUUCAAGGCAAUGUUCACAGAACAACUGAAUAAUCUGCUGAUGGGGAGACAAAAUCUAUUUGUUGACAUUUUUGUUUAGUACAUUUGCUUCAGAUGACACCAUUCAUUUGUAAUGACUAAGAUUGUACUCAGUCAGAACUGCAUAACUAUAUAAUAGGAAAGAAUUUGUGAGCACUAUCGAAAAAUAUAGUAUACCCUGAAAUGUAGUGACACAGGUACACAACCAGGGUGAAUAUAUGAAUAUAGGCCGGUAGGAUUACUUCAUAUUUAUGCUAAUGCACCAGUCAAAGUAAACUCCGACCCCCCCCCCCAGGAUAUAGGUGGGGAUUGGCUUUGAAUACCGUACCAAAACAGACAAAUGCCCCACAAUAUGGGACAAAAUUUUCUAGCAAAAGACAAAAAAUGCCCCACCCCCGGGGGAAAUUGUAAGUCGUGUGAGCGAAUUUAUCUCCUGCAUAAUAUCUCCUCGACAAUCUCCGGGCCGCCGCAUUAAUUGUCCACAUUUUAAAAUAUUAAUAUUUCGUUCCAAAACUCAAAAGAACAAUAAAAACAUAUUAAUAUAAACAAACAAAUGUCGAAUUUUCCACAACAAUAUAGAUUCCAUGCAUGGAUGGAUGGACAUAUUAAUAUAUAUUGAAAAGGAAUGAAUAUAUUCAUAAAAUACCUCUCGAUUUCACUUCCUUGCGAUUGCCAGCAUGCCAUCUUGACCUUUGUCACAUGGUAUAAAAUGGUAGAAUCAGGGGAUUUCAUUGGACAAAACGGUACAAAAUAGUACAAAAUGGCCGCCGACAAUCCCUAACAAUCCCCACUAUCUUCCCGGGGUAAUUCGGCAGAAUGACAAAAACCAACAAAUUCCCGACAUGGUUGGGACAGAAUUCGAUGACAAAAAGCCACUAAAUCCCCACCACAUCCCCUCUUUGCCGGGGGUAGGGGGGGGGGAGGGGGGUUACUUUGACUGGUGCAUAACAAUGUACAUAUCUCAGAUAUAUAUUUUUACAGACCACCAUACCUUGUACAAUGUACAUACCUUGUACAUACCUUGUACAAUACCUUGUACAUGUUAUAUUAAUACAUGCAGACAACAACCACACUGUCGUCUAUCGCUGGGUUAUUAUUAAACUGCAUGGGUUUGCAGGUUGCUAUAGGAAAUAUCUUUACAUUAUAAAGCAUACCGGGCCAUGAUACUGCACAACAUUCAGCGUUUUUAAAACGUUCUGAAAGCGAAUUGCUAUGUCUAUGACGAGGUCUAUGAACAUCUAGAAUGAACACUAAACUCAUCGCCUUGGCGCAUCGCCACACAAACAAAUAUAAAACCAAAAGUACAUCAUUUUGACCCCAAAAUAUAUUAAAAAGACGAUCUAUUGUUUCAAAUACCUCAUAUCGAACGUUAAACAGUAGAUCUAAAUAUAAAUGCCUUCAUGUAAAUCACCAGAAAGAAGUAAAGCUAUCCUUACCUGAAUUAUUCAAAAUAUUGUCGAUUUGUGAAAAUCCAACAUGUAUCAUGCGAGCGCAAUACAAAAUAAAUUUUGACCGCCCCCUCGUUUAAAAAAACUUCCUCAAGCCUUAAUUAGUUCCCCGGAAUUACGACAUCUUUACAUACAUACAUACAUACAUACAGACAGACACUGAAGACACAAAUCGAAAUCUCGAUCGACUGUACAUAACUCGGCCAAAGAGAAUGGGCACAAGUAAACGCAGGCAAGCAAUACUUCAUGUUAAGAAUAGUGUGCUGCCUUCGGCAGCAAUAACAGUAAUAGACAACUUUCAUUUACAUGACAAUUAAAAAUUGACCAUUUCAGAGCACAUGUCAUAACAAAUUCUUUGUUCGCUACUAUAGCUAAAGAAAGAAUCUGAUAAUCGUACGUUGUCUGAAUUGGCCAAUUUAUAUCUAAUUAGUGUAGGCGAAAUUUGCCUGUUUCAUUGGGUUAUGUUGACAUUUUGAUAUAAUUUGUUAAUUUGUUGUCAUUGGAAACAACUUUUAAUUGAAAAUCCAAAAUGUGGCUCACCUCCAUAUGAACAUGCCUAAGAUUUGCGUUCUGCAAGUGCCGCUGUAUAGCCUAGCUAUAUAUUGUUUAGUUUUUAAAGCCGUAAUUGCCGCCCUUAAUGAGCUGUUGUUUACAAAUCCUUAUUAAGCUCUCUCGUUUCACGAUGUCAUUGUCUCUCAUGCAUUUUUUGUUUUCAAGUAUAAAUGCCAUACAAUAAACUUUUUAUUAACCUCGGUAUGUACAUGCAGAGAAACAUCAGACCUCGGUCUUUUUGUACAAACAUUCAGCCUUACGAGCUCGCCACUCGGUUCGAGACCUCGAUCCGAUAUUUCUCUGCAGCUAGAUCUCGCGUUUGGUCAAUAAGACUUUAGUAAUGAGUUUUUACAAUGGAUUGAAUGACAAUUGAUCAUUUGACCCCAUUCCAUUAAAAGAAGCAGCGCAAUGUCAAAUAUAGUGUUUUUACUUUUCCUCCAUGGAGCCUAUUUUGAGGGAAUUUAGUCAUGUGACCGAGCGUUGCAAAAGGCCUAUCAACAGUCACAAGAAAAAUGAGCCCACAGGCGGCCCAAUCUCUGAGUGGUCUAUAUAUUUUGAAUAUUUAUACGGAAUAUUUAACCGUUAUAAUAUUUAAUAACGAAAUAAUUCAACGGUUAAAUAUUCCUCAUAAAUAUUCAAAAUAUAUAGACCACUCAGACAUUGGGCCGCCUGUGAUGAGCCAUGCUUGAUUUGCAAGCCCUGACUUAGGUCACGUACAUGUGUUUUCUUGUAAUUGUAUUAACCUUUUAAACGACAUUGCCCCCUGUCACUUGUCCCUUUAAAUUGUCACUUUGCUCUGUCUAACGUCAGACGACUUUACAUGUGCUGUUUAUAUUAGCGAGAUAUUUUACUAUUCAAGGGGACAGUACUUACACUUUAACACGUUAAAGAUCAAUAUCUUUUGAAUACUGAUGAAGAGGACGGAUAUUAUAAAUUAUAAAUUUCUCAUUAUAUCAAAAUAACAAAUACUGUACUCAUGAAGUCCCAGGUGUUAUUACAUGAUAGUGUAUACACGGUCUAUUUACCAUAACAAUUAAACUUCGCAUAUAGCUGUAAAUCAAGAAUUUAGAUGAGAGUACAUGUGCUCACUGCUAGUCACUUUAUAUCAUCUUUAGUAAAUUUCUGUUAGUUUGUUUAGUAAUUAAGAUAUACUUUCUCAGCUUGUUCUAUUUCAAUAUUUGUUUAGUAUAUUCGAAAAACGGAACAACGUAUUCUCGUUACAUAAUUGCAAUAACAUUAUACAUAUAUUAUAGUUAUACAUCUCUCAAAAGUGUAAAUAUACAUCAAUUGAAAUGAGCAGUUUGCAAACCAAGCUGAGGUGGUCUAUCUAGCCAACAUGUGUUUAAAUAAAGUUGAUGUAUGUAUGUAUCUUCGGUAUCUUCGUGUGUCAUCUUAAAAUACUUCAAAUCCAUAUUGUUUCAAUUCGGUGCGUUCAAAUAUUCUCAAGCUGUUUUUUGAAGCCUUUCCCAUUUGGAUCCUUGACAUAUCGAUAAAUAUAGUUAACAAAUCGUAAGACAAUAACUAAUUAAAAAUGGCUGGGGCACAAAUAGGUACAAGAAUUUGUAAAAACAUGCAUGUAAGAACUUUAUAUCUUUACUAGCUAUAGCCUAUGUAUUUUAGUUUCAUUGUUUCUAUGCAUUUCGUAUUGCAGAUGGAUUUCGAUGCAAUUGCUAUGUCAUCCGAUGAAGAUCUUAAGCAACUUGGGCUUGCUAGAAAGGGUGACAUAUUGAGCCUAAAAAACUUUUGUCAAAAUCAUAUGUCAUAUAAGAAAGUGGAUGAAACCAAACAUGAGAAAAAACGCCUUUUACAAUCAAUAUUGAACUUUGGAAAGUCAUCUAAAAGAAGCAAAACGUCUCCCGAGAGUGUAAAAAAAGCUGUAGGUUCAAGUACAAGUGGCAAGACAAGGAAAGUUCACCUUGGAUGGAUGAACUAUAGUGAUGAGCAUAAUUCUUUUAUGCAGGUGCGGGCAAAAAAAGGUGGUGGAACACGAGUUGUUGAUGUGGCUGUUUCGGCCAACAUAGAUGGCAUAAUAAGAAUUGGAAAAGAAGUAUUUUUCCCUGGUGGUAAAUCUGACUUUGGUAACAUUGACGAAUUUCAUUUUGGGUUGGCGGAUUUUAAAUGUAAACAUUUACUGAAAGCAGGUAGCGGAUUGUCUGAUACAUUUACAUUGCAAAAGUAUGUUAAUGAAGUUAAAAUGAAAAGGGUUUUGUUAUAUAUAACUACCAAGAAAAACGAUUUGGAAAAUGAUGAAUUGUCUUUCGACAGCGACAGUGAUGUUGGUGUUACUACGUCAAAUGAUUUGUUUGAAACUAACGAUUCGGAAGUACCCUUAGAAAAUCCUUCUUCCAUUAUAAUACGCAGAGAGCUGAUUGCACAACAAGACCAAGCCUACAAAGAAUCUUUGGAAGCAGAUAUGGCUAAGGAGGAAACCUGA